CUCUUACUAACUGCGAUAGGUUCGAUUGUGAGCAAAUUCUGCGGCAUCGCGCUUGCUCAGAGUCAUCGACUUACACUGCUAGUCCGCAGUCCAAGCAAACUUCCGGACACAAUCCUGCACAAUGAAAACGUCGAUGUCAUCGAGGGCACACUUGACAACGAAGUAGCUAUAGACCAAGGUUCGCGGUGCGGCGCAGAUGCUUUCAUCUCAUUCGCAGGGCCG